AUGACUUCUGAAAAAUAUACCAAAACCAAGAAGGUAGGUGAAGGUACUUAUGCCGUUGUAUAUCUGGGUAUAAAACAAUCCGAUGGACGGCAAAUUGCCGUAAAGGAAAUAAAAACGUCGCAAUUUAAAGACGGACUUGAUAUGUCUGCUAUUAGAGAGGUCAAAUAUUUGCAAGAGAUGAAACAUAUCAAUGUUAUUGAGUUGGUAGAUCUAUAUAUGGAUCAAGACAACUUAAAUUUGGUUCUUGAGUACCUACCCGCUGAUUUGGAAAUGAUAAUCAAAGAUAAAUCUAUUCUUUUUACUCAAGCUGAUAUAAAGUCUUGGAUGUUAAUGACGAUAAGAGGAGUACAUCAUUGUCAUAGAAAUUUUAUUCUACACCGGGAUUUGAAACCAAACAAUUUACUACUGGCACCGGAUGGUCAAUUAAAACUAGCUGAUUUUGGGUUAGCGCGAAGUAUGGCAGCGCCACAAGAAUUUCUAACCUCCAAUGUUGUUACUAGGUGGUAUAGAGCUCCUGAGUUACUCUUUGGUGCCAGACAUUAUACUUCUGCGAUAGAUAUUUGGUCGGUAGGUGUGAUAUUCGCGGAACUUAUGUUAAGAAUUCCGUAUUUACCGGGCAAAGACGACUUUGAUCAAAUAGAUAUUACAUUUAGAGCCUUAGGAACUCCAACAGACAGAGAAUGGCCUGAAAUAUCUUAUUUUAGUGGUUACAACAAGCUUCAAAUAUACCCCCCCCCCUCCCGUGAAGAAAUGAGAGGCCGAUUCAUUGCUGCUACUGAAAAUGCAUUGAAUCUAAUGGGUGGCAUGUUGACGAUGAACCCACAUAAGAGAUGGGAUUCUGUACAAUGUUUAACAAGUCCAUACUUUUUGGAACUUCCAGAACCAACUAUUCCCCAUGAGUUACCAAAGUUGCUAAACUAG